GGUUUUCAGACUGGGAGUUCACCGUGUAAAAUGGCUAGCAAACGUGCUUUGGAGUUGGUAGUGCUCAACAAUGCCAAUAUCUCUCACUUAGGUAACGUCGCAGAAGUUUCAGGCCUAAUGCAACACGUCGCCGAGAUCUCUAUCGAUUUGCCAUCAGCCCCUUUACUGCAUACACUGAUUUUGAAUGGCACAAAUGUUAUGCUGAAAUCAUUGUCGUCAAUUCUAAAACAAACACCGUUUCUGCAAGAGUUGCAUCUUUCGGACAACCAACUCGAUCUAUCCACUGAUGACACAUCUAUUAUGAACGAAUCAGUGAAGACAAUACAUAUGAAUAGGUGUCGUGUUGGCGACUGGGAUCUCAUCGUUCGUUUCAUACAUCGAUUUCCCAGUCUAAAAACGGCUUUUCUUUGUGAAAAUCCGAUUAAAUCUGUCGCUCAUCAGUCGUCACUUGACAAACUCAGUUCACUGCAGUCGUUGAACCUGGGAAAGACGGAUAUUUCCGAUUGGGAAAGCAUUGACGGCUUGGACCGGCUUCCUUCUUUAGUAGAUUUGAGGAUCCUCGCAAUUCCACUACUUGAAUCGUUCAACGAAGAUGAACGAAUCCAUUUAGUUGUGGCAAGAAUUCGUAAUCUUCGGGUGCUAAAUGGUUCUAUAAUUACACUGGAACAACGGGAACAAUCUGAACGAUAUUUUAUUCGUUACUAUCAAGAUCGAGAUGACAAGCCAUACCAUUAUGCACGUCUAAUUGAAAAGCAUGGACAUGUAGAGAAGUUAGUUAAGGUUGACCUCACGCCGAAAUCUUCAGCCGUUGUGCAGGUCUUUUGUGAAGAGUCUAACUAUAACGCCAAACUUCGAAUAAAUCUCAACAGAAGCGUUGGUCAGCUGAUGAAGUGA